GUAGUAUUUAUAGGAGUUUUUCGUUAAUUUUCAGAACCGGAAAACCGAUCGCCCAAUCUGAUUCCAUACCCGAAUUACGAACAAAAUCGUUUGGCGCACAACAUGACCGAUCGAAUCGUGUCAGUGUUCCGCAUCAACGUGGACGCGUGUGACCGUCUGUGGCUGGUCGACACCGGUCUGAACGACGUUUGGGGCGAAGCCAACCCAGUACAGACGCCCAAGAUCAUGGUGUUCGACCUGAACACGGACACGUUGAUCAGGCAGUACACGUUCAGAGCGGACGACAUGAAGCCCGACUCGUUCUUCGCCAACAUCAUCGCGGACACGACCAAGGACACGUGCGACGACGCAUUCGCGUACGUACCGGACUUGGGCGCGUACGGGCUGGUCGUUUACAGCUUCGCGUCGAACACGUCGUGGAGGGUGAAGCACCACUUCUUCCAUUUCGACCCGCUGUCCGGCAACUUCCACGUGGGCGGCCACAACUUCCAGUGGACCGACGGCAUAUUCGGCGUGGCGCUGUCGCCGGUCAAGGAGGACGGGUACAGGACGCUGUACUUCCACCCGCUGGCCAGCACCCGGGAGUUUUGCGUGUCCACGCACAUCAUCCAGAACGCCAGCAUCGCGUCGGACAGCUACUACGAGUACAAGGUGCUGGGCUCUAGGGGCCCGAACACCCAGGCCAGCGGGUCGUCGCUCGACGAGGGAACCGGCGCGCUGUUCUACACCCAGAUAAACAAGGAUGGCGUGGGCUGCUGGAACUCGUUCCGGAACGCCGACGAGUACUCCGCCGACACCAAUCACCUGGUGGCGUCCGACAGUCAGACGCUCGAGUUCCCCAACGAUCUAAAGGUGGACAAGACGGGAACGCUGUGGGUGCUCUCCGACAAGCUGCCGCUGUACCUGUACAGAGGACUAGACCUCAACGAAACCAAUUACCGGAUCUUCAACGCCCCCGUCGUGGACAUAAUCAGGGGCACCGUUUGCGACAUAAAGUAGAUGUUAUAAGAGAUUAUGGUUCAUAUAUUAUACCAUUUUACUACCUACCAAUCAUCAAAGUCGCUGGUUCCUCAUCCCUCACGAAAUCCAGUACUUAUUUUACACUAUAUAUAUAAUAUAUACUACUUACGUAUUGAUUUUUUUUUUUWAAUAUAUUAUUUUAUAUUUUAUUGAA